GUUUACACCUACUUCAAGUCGACGUCUUCUACGUCUGUUGGUCCCUUUUAUUCAUCUUCAGAUAUUUGUAAUCCUCCAAUUUAGAAAUGAAAAAAAAUAUCCUCAGCUCUCCCGCUCGCUCCAUUUCUCUAGAAAACAGCCCCUCUGGAAAAACUCAAGAAUCUUGGGCGUAAGCAGCUGAACCAACAGACAGAGAACAUCUCGUCCUUGCUGGUUGUAAACAUGAGCCGAGUCUUACUUCGUAGUAAAGCAAAUGUUUUAGGGUAUUUUUAGCCGAGCACACGGCUCCAGGAAUGCUUCACUUUUCACUUCAUCUUUGUUUCAGUCUCAAAACUCGUGGCAGCCGCAGAUCGGAUCCAAAAGGCUCAGAUCAAAAUAUCCAUUCAUCAACAAGCUGGACCUGUCGGCGCUGAGGAAACAGGAGCAGGAUCCGUGCACAUGUGUGUUUCAUCAGAGGAGACGGUUAUGAGACAACAUGUCAACGCGUCCCGGCCGGUCGAGAUCUGACUUGGCACCUUGGUGGGACACUGGGUUCUUCAUGGAGCUCUGCAGGUUUGUACAGAUGGAUCUCUGGCCUUCAUCUGGGGCAUCAUGAUGUCACUUCAUGUGAGGAGCUCCCUUCAGACUUUUAAACUUGACAGAAAAACCUUUACAACACACAAGAGUCAAGAAAGACAGUAAAACAUGUCAUGUCUCCUUUACAUUAGAAUCCACUGAGGUGACGCGUGUUCUCUGAGCCUCAUGAAGAAGUUGACAUCAUAGCACCUCAGCAGAUAGUGAUAUCCAGGCCUGACCCUCUGGCCUGCGACCAUCUUUGUCUCGUCGGCAUGUGCAGAUCCACGUCCCGUGACUCGCUCCCGGUCUAAAUAUACUCGUCCCACUGCGAAGGUCACGUUUCGUCAUGCGGAGCAACAAGUUCUCAACGAGGUGCCAGCGAGGCGUCGAAGGCUUUAUGACCUGCAGCCUCUCACACACCAGUCGUCAGAUGAUGAAGUCGCUGCUCGUGACUGAUUAGCUUCAGGUUGAAGGAGUUCGAUGGAGAUAAAAGCUGCUGCAGCUCAGGAUGAUGUCGAUCCAGUGACCGGCUCCUGAAGCUAGGACUUUAUAUUGGGACCUGUGCUGAACGCUUCCUGAGACCUCCAGCUGAGAUGGGUAACGGAAUCAACAAGGUCCUGCCGAAUCUCUACCUGGGAAACAUUAAAGAUGCUCGAGACAAGGAGCUGCUGGCUCAGCACAACAUCAGCCACAUCUUGUCCAUCCACGACACAGCUGCACCCGUCCUGGAGGACAUGAGGUACCUGUGUAUAUCUGCUGCUGAUCACUCCAAGCAAGACCUGACUCAGUACUUCAGAGAGAGCAUCACCUUCAUCCACGAGUCUCGCCUGAAGGGAGAAGGCUGCCUGGUUCACUGCGUGGCGGGCGUGUCCCGCAGCGUGACCCUGGUGGUGGCCUACAUCAUGACGGUGACGGGCCGCGGCUGGGUGGAGGCGCUGGCGGCGGUGAGGGCGGCCCGGCCGUGUGCGGGGCCCAACCUGGGCUUCCUGAAGCAGCUGGAGGAGUUUGAAAACAUGGAGCUGAAAGAGUACCGGGCGUCGUGGAAGGAGCGGUACGGGAAUCAAACCUUCAACGACGAGGAGGAGCUCGUCGCUCUUUUAACCCGGAAGUCCACCUGCAGCAGCAGCAACGCCAUCACGACCAGCAUCACUCCGGCGGCGGCCACAAGUCGAACCUGACCACAAACCGUCUCCUCUCGUCCGAGCUGGAGCAGCCGAGGACCGUGGGCCCGGGGCGCUGACCUUUGACCUCGUCAGGACCAGAGCGGUGGCAGGAUGGACUCUUCAGGGUCGAUCCUGCAGAGAGAAACCAGCAGAGCCAGCAGAACCACUCGACUCUGAGGGAGCGGUUCGGUCCCGGUGUUGAACGUUGUUCUAACAGAGACACUCUGAAGUCUUGUGACGAGGGGAUUUUUCUUGAAUGUCCUCGUCUCCUGUCCCCUUCGUCGUGUCCUCGCCACUAACUGUCAAAAUAACACGCUCGGGCAGUCAAGCAGGACAACAAGGAAACAUACAGUCCACAGUGUGAGUGCACGUUCACCCCCCCUCCUCCCCACUCAGUUCUGUUAUGCUGUGUCUCUUACUUGAAUUAUGAGUAUUAGUUUCUGCACAGUGUGGAAGACGUGAAUCACUGGACCUCACAGCUUCUGAGGAUAAAUGUUUGUUUGUGUUGUUGAGAAAUCGACAAUAGAAACUGAAUAAACGCAAAAAAACACAAAUAUCAACGAUUCACACAAACGUUUCUGCUCCAGGAAAAUUAAACAUGUUCAUUUGUUUUAAUCAUGAAUCAACAUGAGAUUUUCAACUUUCAGCAGCGAGUGGUCACUGGAAAAUCUACAAUUUAGAUCUGAAGGGGAAACUGAUUAUUAACAAGAAAAUACAAAUAUAUUAUUAAGAUCAUUAUUUUAAACCUUGGGAUAAUUUAAGGUCUUUACACUUUUUAUUUAAUGAUUGAAAGAAAGUGAGAGAAAGAGUUGUUUGGUGGAACUCGUGGAAGAAUUAGAGUAAUUUAAAGUAAAAGUACAAAAACCACAAAGUGAUACUACUCAUAUUAUAUAUGUUUAAAACUGUAGCUCCACCUCAGCUUCAACAGUAGAAUCAUGUUAAAUCAGCACUGACAGUCAUAAUAUGACAGUCAUAAUAUAUUGUUAUAAUAUGUUUUUAUUUCAGAAUCAGGAUUUCUGUCUGUAAACGAGUGUUUUUUUGUGGUUUUGAUAAUUUUACUUUAAUAUUCUGAGACCAGUUCGACCUGAAAACUACUUUCACCUCAUUGUGUUUGAAUAAAGUUUGUUUAGUCCAACGAAGAUAAAACCAUGAAAGGGAACCACACCUCAAAUAAAACGCAAUAUUAAACUGCUGCUUAUCAUAAUGCUCCAUUAAUAAAACACCUCACAUAACAGAAAUACUUUUCUUAGUGAUUUUAUUCAGAUACUUUACAUGAAUAUGAAACUAUUGUACUUUUACUUGUCAAUGUUAAUCCAUCCAUCAGAUGUAACACAUCAGGCUCAUGAUAGUUUCAUCUUGUUUAUUUUCUAUGAUGUGUGAAUUGUGUAAAACUGACAAA